UUACCAUCAAAGUCGGCUCCAUUGACGACGUGUUCUAAUGACUUGACUUGCUUUACUUCUUGCGCAAACUUCUUUAGGUCAUCUUGAGCAGCAAGUAAUAAUUCUAAUUUGACAUCAGUCGAUAGUAAUUCUCUUUCCAUUGAAUAUGUCGAGGUAUUUGGGUUCAGUAAUUUAGAAUGGGUAUCAUCUAUAAUACAAGUGUUAUUCACUAUAUGCAUUUAUACAACAUUUCUAUUUACAUGUCUCCAUAAAGUAUUCAAUGGGUUUAUGUUUUUGAUAAAUAGAUUGAAGUUUUCUAUUUAGCUUCCCUAAUCGCUGUACAAUAGCAUCAUCUGGUUUCUUUAUUUGUUGUUGUUGUUGUUGGCCAAGCAAGACAUAUUCCAAAUGUCUUAGUCUAGUUUCGAAGCCAUACUCAUCCAUUUUAUAAUGAGUGAAAACACCCUCUACCCCCUUUUUUUCUCAGACCUUUUUUUUUAUUGCAAAUGGGAAAGAAAGUAACUUAUGCCAUUGGCUUUAUUCGUCAAUCACCCUUUGCACAGGAACUAAAGGAACAACAAAGUCGAUAUGAUACUGAACUUGAGUUGGGCAAUAAAAGAAAGGCUGCGACAAUUGCACUUGAAAUAUCUGAUCUCUUGAUCGCUCAAGUAGACGAAAUAGAUCCAGGACUACCUGCUCAUGUUCAAGAACAAGAUACCAGAAAAUUUUUAACUAAGGCAAUAGGAUAUUGUAAAGAAGCUAUCAAAUUCUUUCAAAGAGACAAGCAUAGUCCAGAUACGAUGUAUGAUCUAGUGAGCGCCUACUACAACCUUUGUCAAUGUCAUUCAAGCUUGGAGGACUAUGAAGCAGCUAUCCGAUACGGAACAAUUGCAUUGUCAUACAUGCCACGUGAGGAUCAAGACAAAUCAAAACUCCAAAUGAUCUACAAAACAAUAGGCGACACAUACUUUAUAAAGGCAACAGACCCUGAUGAAUCGAGACAUGAUGACUUUUUCCAUGCAUACGAAUACUACAUGAAAGAAAAGAGUAUCCUAGAGACAAUGACCCUGGAUGAUGUUGACCGAGAUCCAACCGUACUGCCUCAAUUUCAUCGGUCAAACAAGUUCAAUCUGGGAGUCGUAUGCUCCAAACUGCCGAAUAAAAGAGAAUUUGCAGAAAAGUUCCUGAAAGAAGCGGUUGAGGACGCGCAGACAUUAAAAGACUACGCGAAUGAGAAAAAGACGUGGUGGGAACUAGGCAACCACUACCGUAGAGUAAAUCAGGAUCAUUUGGUGAAAGCGUGUCAGAUAAGAGAGAUGAACAUCAUACGACAGCACGGGUUUCAUGAGGAUGAACUACCUUGUCUUGAAGAACGGAUAAAAUUUCAUUUGGAGAUGAAGGAGUUUGCCGAGUGUUAUAGGUUAAGCAAGAGGCUCAAAGAAUUGACGAAUGAAGAUACCAAGGAGUAUUAUACGAGCAUAUACAGUCUAAUCACUCAAACAGAGCAGCUAAUGGGUAGAUAUGAAGAACAGGACAGCAUUCAUAGUCUCACACUAGAGGCUUUGCUUUACAAAGUAAGCUUGAUGUAUGAACUGGCACAGCUCUUGAUGGAAAAUCAAAUGUACAGAGCAGCUUUUAGAAUAGCAGAUCAAGCGCUAAGAUAUAUUGAUGACUCUAAAGCAAGUACAAGCCAGAUGAUCUCUACCUAUUUGAACUUGCUUCAGAUAAAGGCAGAGUCACAAUGGCAACUCCGUGAGAGCAAUAUUGAGGCCUAUAUAGACCUUGACAAUCAAACAUUAGAAUUCAUUGAUAAACAUACAAGAUAUACCCGCAUUCAAUUAGAACACAAGAUAGAUGUAUAUAAACGACGCAUUGAAAUACACACAUACUAUAACCAAACUCAACGAGUUAAUCACUUUAAAAAAUUAUUGAAGGACGCUGAAAUACAGCAGGAAGCACUGCCUGAUAUCAUACAAGAUGAUCCCAUGGAUGUUGAUGAGCAGGUCUUUAUAACUCCAAUUCGAUUUGAUAAUAGAAUAACUCCAUCUCAUAAACUAUUGUUAAAGUCAGAUACGAUCAAUAUCCGAAUCAAUGUGUUAUUCCCAGAACCAGUUAUCGUCCGAAUCUUGUGCUAUGAUUUGAAACAAACAGUAAAAUGGCUAAUGGAAGAAAUUAGGAGACGUACAUGGCAGAUACAUGGUAUAGAGCCCAUCAUUAGCCGUUUAAAGAUUAAGGAUAGUGAUCUAUAUCCAAAUGAUUUGAUCCAGGAUGUGCUUUUGGAGCUUGAUCAACAAGUAGAUGCUGUUGUUACUGGAACUGCAUUAAAAUCAGCACUUGACAUAUAUCUGAAUGCCUGUGAUCGGCUUGAUAUUAGGCCAUCGGAAUAUAUCCGUAAGCAAUUGGCAAAUGUUAGUCAUGGUGUCAUACCUUUAAAGGGAGCAGUAUAUGAAGAUCAAAUACCAGCUAUAGAACAAGUUCUUCAAAAGAUGAACAUGAUCAGUACAUUAGAUCUGUCUUUUAAUUUCUUGGGUAAUACAGAAGAAGGAUAAAGGUGCAAUAUUUUGUUGACAUUGUAGCAUAGAUGACAAUACUAUCGAGAGGUUACUCAAAUAUAGUAAAGCACCCAAUGAGAUCAAUCUGAGCAAUAAUCGAGCGACAUUAUCGACCCUGCAACUGCUGACUGAUCUAU